AUGGUUUUGAAGCACAACAACCAGUUGCCUAACCAGCAUUUCCGCAAGCAAUGGGACCUCCGUGUCAAGACUUGGUUCGAUCAAGCCGGUCGCAAGAAGUCUAGAAGAAUCGCACGUGUCCAAAAGGCCGGUCGUAUUGCUCCUAGACCCAUUGAUGGUCUUCUCCGUCCUGCUGUCCGUUGUCCUACCGUUCGUUACAACAUGAAGUUGAGAUCUGGUCGUGGUUUCACUCUUGAAGAACUCAAGGAAGCUGGUGUCCGUCGUAAGGAAGCCCGUUCCAUCGGUAUUGCUGUCGACUUCCGUCGUCGCAACAAGUCCAACGAGUCUCUUGAACUCAACGUUCAACGCUUGAAGGCUUACAAGGCUAAGCUCAUUGUUUUCCCCCGUAAGGCUGGUAAGGCCAAGAAGGGUGACUCUGAGGCUGCCGAAGUUGCCUCUGCUGUCCAACUCCGUGGUCCUCUUUUCCCCGUUGAACAAGCUGCUGCUGCCCCUGAAGCUCGUGCUAUCACUGCUGAGGAGAAGUCUACCAAUGCUUACAUGAAGCUCCGUUAUGCUCGUUCCGCUGCUCGUACUCUCGGUGCCCGUGAGAAGCGUGCUCGUGAUAAGGCCGAGGAGGAGGCCAACAAGAAGAAAUAA